GAAGAAUCCCCUGAUGGGACAAUGAUCCAGGGUGUCAUUCUUGCAAGCGAUGAGACUCACCUUACAAACUUCUCUGGAUCAAAAGUUUUUCAUGCUGUCUAUAUGACACUUGGAAAUAUCCAUGGUGACAUCCGAUGGCAACCUGAUAGUGGUGCCUGGCUGCUUCUUGCAAUCCUGCCAACAUCCUCCUUUACCCAGACUGCAGCCACCCUUCCAGGGAUUCUUAAGCAUCAACUCUUCCAUGCAUGCAUGAAAAUAAUCACUGCACCACUUUGCCCCUCUCAGCAUCCCCACCCAGUUCUAGGCCCAGACAGAAAUGUCUGUAUGUGCAGGAGCUGCCUCCUUGGCUAUAUUGCUGACAUGAAGGAGCAAUGCCUGAUUGCUUGUGUUGCAGCAAGGUCAUGCCCUGUCUGCUGUGCACAACCAUGUGCUGAUGGAACGACAAUUUGA